CUGCCUCUCUAGUCUGCCGUCACUUCCGGCUCUCUGUCAGUCGCGAGCCAGCGAGCAGAAGGCUGUCGACUGCAGAAACGGAGCAAUGCCUAAAUCAAAGGAACUUGUGUCUUCAAGCUCAUCGGGAAGUGAUUCUGACAGUGAAGUUGAGAAAAAGUUAAAGAGGAAAAAGCAAGUUGCUCCAGAAAAACCUGUAAAGAAGCAAAAGACUGGUGAAACUUCGAGAGCUCUGUCAUCUUCCAAACAGAGCAGCAGCAGCAGAGAUGAUAAUAUGUUUCAGAUUGGAAAAAUGAGGUACGUCAGUGUUCGGGAUUUUAAAGGGAAAGUUCUAAUUGAUAUUAGAGAAUAUUGGAUGGAUCCAGAAGGUGAAAUGAAACCAGGAAGAAAAGGUAUUUCUUUAAAUCCUGAGCAAUGGAGCCAGCUGAAGGAACAGAUUUCUGACAUUGAUGAUGCAGUAAGAAAACUGUAAAAUCUGAGCCAUAUAUAUCCUGUACUGUUCUGGUUGUUUUAAUCUGUCUUUUUACAUUGGCUUUUGUUUUCUAAACGUUGUUUUCCAAGCUAUUGUAUAUUUGGAUUGCAGAACAAUUUGUAAGAUGAAUACUUUUUUUUAAUGUGCAUUAUUAAAAAUGUUCUGAGUGAAGCUAAUUGUCAACUUUAUUAAGGAGGAUUGCUUUGUGCCCACCACUUAGUGUAAAAUAAAAUCAAGUAAUUACAAUCUUAA